UCGGUUGGAAGAGCCGUUCAGUGACAGCUGCUGUUAUCUGACUGACAGACAGACCGGUGAAACGUGACGGACAGGUAAACCGCUGUACGUUUCAAAUCAAUGGCCUGGGGAAUAACGUCAACAGAAAAUAUGCUGUAACGUGAGGUGGUGUGCUUAUUUUGGACUUUACCGCGUUGUGGCUGAAGUAUGGGGCCGUUAUAGCCGGUAAAGCGGAGACUGGACGUUUGCGUCUGGGUUUGUCUGCGCUCCGUCCCCUCCGGUGGACACAACUGAAGAGACUGGAGACACAGACGGACACAGGGCUGUUUUUGUUUCGGCGGAGACAUGGCAGCGGCCAUCGCCAGCGGUUUGAUCCGGCAGAAGCGACAGGCGAGAGAGCAACACGCCCACCGACCGACCCCUCACCGGCGGCGGAAGAGCCCCGGUAAGAAGCAGGGGCUGUGCAACGGGAACCUUGUCGACAUCUUCUCCAAAGUCCGGAUUUUUGGCUUGAAGAAAAGAAGGCUACGGAGACAAGAACCACAGCUGAAGGGCAUAGUGACCAGGUUGUUCUGCAGGCAGGGCUUCUAUCUCCAGAUGGGCCAGGAUGGAAGUAUGGAUGGGACCAAAGACGACAGCACCAACUCCUCUCUGUUUAACUUAAUUCCCGUGGGUCUGAGAGUCGUGGCCAUCCAAUCAGUCAAGACCGGCCUCUACAUCGCCAUGAACGGAGAGGGUCACCUCUACUCAUCGGAACUGUUUACAGCGGAGUGUAAGUUUAAGGAGUCGGUGUUCGAGAACUACUAUGUGAUCUACAGCUCUAUGCUCUACAGACAGAAGGAGUCGGGCCGGGCCUGGUUCCUGGGCCUCAAUAAAGAGGGACAGGCCAUGAAGGGCAACAGGGUCAAAAAGACCAAACCAGCUGCACACUUUCUGCCUAAACCUAUAGAAGUUGCGAUGUACCGAGAGCCUUCGUUGCACGACGUAGGGGAGGCGGUGCCUAAAGUCGCCGGGGGCCCGUCUUCCAAAAGCACAACCAGUGAACCAGUGGUCAUGAAUGGCGGCAAACCAGUCAACAAACCUGACAAGGGGGAGACAUAACCCCAACCUCCUUUUAACCCUCCCCUGGUCAACCUGAGGCCAGGAAAAGCCAGAGACUCGCCCCAUUGCUGCGCUCUCAAAAAAAACCAACUAACAACUGCAACAAAAGGUAACCAAACAAACAACAGCUCAAGUUCUGACUGGUCAGCAGUGGGGCCGCACGUCCCGUCCCACUUCUCUCCCUGUUGGACGGAUCCGGUGUUUUUGGGCAGAGCCGGAGGGACGGAGCACUCUGGCUUGUGGCGGGGGAAGAGGAGGAUGAAGACCGUAAAGUCAGGCCAAUGCCACGCAGACAUUUUGGAACUGGUACAGUGGCAUUCCCUCAUAUGGGAGACAAAAUGACUUCUUAAAAAUACAAACAAAACAAACAAAAAACGGAAAGAAAUGUCGUCUUCACCGGUAUUCUUCUGUGACAAUCUGUAAGAAUGAGGCCCCUUUUUUCCCUCUCCUGAUAGUGCUGUUUUCUGUUGCCAGGUAUGCUUGCUUACUGGUGGCUACACACACACACACACAGCACACGCACACGCACACAACUCCCACCUAAAAUCGACCUCUUGGAUUCGAUCUCUGAGUAAAUAAGAAACAGAUUAAAAACCCAACAUCGGGCAACGAGAACACUUUAAAUACAGUGAUGAUUCAGAGGAUGCUUAGUCAUCGAUCAAUUAAGACUUGACGCAGGACAUUCUGUACUAAGUCUACAAUGAAAUGUUCUUGAAAAUGUCCCUGUGCAUUAUAUAUAAGGCAACACAUUGUAUAACCUGUCCCUUGUUUUAAUCACAUACUAUAUAGCUGUUAAAAACUGUUCUUAUUUGACACUACAUAGCUUAAAGCAUGUUUGUCUUUUCAGUAUUCCUUUAUAUUCUAUUUGUUAGGUGGUUUAUUAUUCUGCACACACAGCACUAGUGAUAUCGAGCGGCAUUGUUGUACAGACACAAAACUGAUUUUUAGCGUCCUCUGUGGGGUUUUUUUCUGUCCUUUUUUACGAAUGCUUAUGAUUUCCACAUCGCUGACACGAGUCGCUCAGGAGAGGAGGAGAUCAGCUGACGUGUCAAGUAAAAAGUUUUGGUGUGUAGCUGAAACCAGAAUGAUUUCCACAAAUUCCCUGUUUGUAGCAACACAGAGAGUACGGGAGGCAUGCUGGUGUCCGCGCAGCAUGGUAGCAGUCAGUGUUUACAUGGAGUAGCAGAUAUUGUAGAGGGUCAAACCUCAAGAACUUUUUCUUUCUGUUGCCUUCCCAAGUACUUGAAGUUAAAGGUAGCAAUGAGGGUAAUAAUGAACAGGGUAAAUGAUGUUUAGGCCACUAUGUGUACCGACUUUACUGCCCAGUGGUGCUUUCAAAACAGGCGCUGCGGUAGAAAGCAAGGACCGCCUUCCCCAGACCCGGAGGAUCAGAGGAACUCAUCACUAUAGCUGUCAAAUAAUGUUGAAUAUUAUUAACAUCAAUAUUUCUAUCUGAAAUUCUGUGGAGUAGAAGUAUAAAGUAGGAAAAUAAUAUAGUAAAGUACAAGUAGCUCAAAAUUGUACAUAAUGUGAUUACUUUCCACCACUGGAGAGAGUGUGAACUGUUCCCUCCAGAACAACAGCCUUUACGCAAGGUUACAAACAAAAAAAAGUAUUAGAAAUGUGGUUUUUUGUAUCCACCCAAAAUCAAAUCGCACACAUUUAUCGCGGCAAUGAAAUCAAAUAUGUCUCCGUGUGAAACGUCAAGAACUACAAGGCAGAAAAUCAAACGCCUCCAAAUGAAAUGAAACCAAAUAGAUUCCCAUGCUUUGCCCUCUCACUGUGACAGUCAACAUGGCACCAAUCUGUUCUGCACUUGAAUCCUGCCCGACGCACAGGCUAGCAAGACUAGAUGCCAAUUAACUUCUCCGAAAGUUACACCAGUAGUCCGUCAUAUUACUGAGGAGACAUUAAUACUGUGAUCCUACAUGUCAUAUUAGUGUCAGAGACAACGGGGCAGCAACACAUGAAUAUAUUCAGUAAGGAAACAGAAACUGUGCAUCUCUCUUGCUUUGAAUCCCAAUUUUGGGGCCGAGUAACCGCUUUGCAUUUCAAUCAGAUCCUUGAAACGCUGUCAUAUUUGCCGGAGAUGAAUGACCUCCACUGACGUUCUCCAAACUACAAAGACAAAACAAGACAAAGCAAACCCGCCCUUGAAACAACAACGACUUAUCCUCACAGUUGUUUCCGACAUUAAACGAGCAGCCCCAGCCUCACCAACAGGUGUGUGUCUGUGUAGCAGGUGAAACACGGUUGCUGCACACAAGCGAAGCCACUCGAAACGUGUUUAAUGUUGUCGCGCUGUGUUGUACAGAGGAUGUGAAAACACAAGACGGCUCACAGUGUUUCUAAUUGGCAUUUCCCAGAUUUGUUCCUCACACAUUUUUCUCUCCUCUGAGCUCAUUAGCUGUUACUUGCCUUUGUGCUCAAACACGUGUGGCUGUCCAACUCACGUUAUAUGAACUUAUGUAGUUUAAUGUGCCCGUCCUUAACUGCUGUUUUCAAAAAUAUUUGCAAUUACAGAAAAGCGGUUUUAUUUAAGGCAAAGUGUGUGAAAAAAAAAAAAAGCAUUUUAAGUUUCUGUGUAAUCUUGAUGCUGAAAAUCAGCAAGUGCA